AUGCUAUCGGAAGAUGGGGGUCGUAGUACCCCUAGGACUGAAUCUGAAGGUGAAGCUUUGAACAAAAAGAUGAAGAAGAGUGGAAAUCUAAGCGGAAAAGAUAUGAUCUUCAGAGCUGACGAAAUUGAUUUGAAAACUUUGGAUGCUGUGUUCGAUAGGCACAUGAGCAGGGCUUAUUCCCGAAGCGCCGAGGCAAAGAGGCCUAGAGAAGAGUGGGAGGUUGAUUUGGCCAAAUUGGAUUUACGAUAUGUUGUUGCGAAUGGAGCUUAUGGCACUGUCUACCGGGGAACUUAUGAUGACCAAGAUGUUGCAGUGAAAGUGUUGGACUGGGGUGAGGAUGGUGUUGCCAGUGUUGCUGAAAUUGCUGCUUUACGGGUAGCAUUUCGGAAGGAGGUCACUGUUUGGCAAAAACUUGAUCAUUCAAAUGUCACAAAAUUUGUUGGAGCUUCAAUGGGCACUUCAAAUCUAAAGAUUCCUUCAGACGCUGGUGGUCAAAAUCCCCCUCCUUCCAAGGCGUGUUGCGUUAUUGUUGAGUUUGUUCAUGGUGGGACAUUAAAACAAUACUUGUUGAAGAAUAGGCGGAAGAAACUUCCAUUUAAGGUUGUGGUUCAGUUGGCUUUGGAUCUGGCUAGAGGUCUUAGUUAUCUACAUUCGAAGAAAAUUGUUCACCGCGAUCUAAAAACUGAUAAUAUGUUGUUGGAUGAAAAUCAAAAGUUAAAAAUAGCUGAUUUCGGGGUUGCUCGGGUUGAAGCGAUAAAUCCAAGUGAAAUGACAGGUGAAACUGGAACAAUUGGAUACAUGGCGCCGGAGGUUAUAAAUGGUAAGCCGUACAACAGAAGCUGCGACGUCUACAGCUUUGGCAUUUGCUUGUGGGAAAUUUAUUGCUGCGACAUGCCUUAUCAAAACCUGAGCUUUGCUGACGCGUCGUCUGCUGUUGCUAGUAAGAAUUUACGACCAGAUAUUCCUCGAUGUUGUCCAAGUGCGUUAGCAACAAUAAUGAAAAAAUGCUGGGACAAACAUCCAGAAAAGCGUCCACAAAUGCAAGAGGUGGUGAGUAUGCUGGAAGCACUUGACACAAGCAGAGGAGGUGGAAUGAUACCAGAGGAUCAGACUCCAUUUUGUGUUUGGUUUAGACGUGCUCGUGGUCCAUAA